AUGAAUUUUAAUUUUAUACUUGUCAUUGUUUGUUUAUCUAUUAUAACGGCAAUGUGCUCCAUCACUGUAUUGGCCAAUCAAGAUGUCUAUCAAACUCAAGACAUUCAAUUCCCGCGUUGCACUCGAUUAAAUGAUGAUGGAUCCAUCUCCCAAUGCCUCCAAUUCAAGUUGCGUCCAGGAUGUGUGCUAGUGCCAGGUACAGUUUGGGCUGAUUACCCUAUUUGUUGUCCAAAACCACAUUGUACUCCAAUAUUGCCAUAG